AUGUACCAAUUAAUUGCACCAAUUCAAAGUGGAUCAUUUAGUACCGUCUACAGUGCGAAUAAAAUCGAUGAUAAUAACCCUGCUAAUGUUCAAAAAGUCGCUUUGAAAGUCUUGCCAAGAACGAAAACUGAACGUACCACUGUAGAACAAGAAUGUUAUGCCAUGAAUAAAGUAAACAAACAUCCUAAUAUUUGUCAUUUCUUGGAUUGUUACGAAGACAAGAAUUGGGACAGUUAUGUAAUGGUUUUGGAAUAUUGUUCUGAAGGUGACAUGCAUGAUUUAAUAUAUUCAAACAAACUUAAACUUUCCAAACAAUUAAACAAUGAUAGAUUCUCCAAUCCAAUCUCAUCCGUUCCGCCGAUACUACCUUCCCCUGCAUUAAGUUUCUAUUCCAUUACAAAGCAAUUAUGCAGUGCCAUCAAUUAUUCUCAUUCCAAAGGGGUCGCUCAUAGAGAUAUUAAACCAGAAAAUAUCCUUUUGAAUAAUGAUGGGAUGGUCAAACUAGGUGAUUGGGGUCACGCCACCAUAAAUAAAUAUUCUACUGAAUGUAAUGUUGGUACAGACGCAUACCGUGCUCCAGAAACUUUUUAUUCCUCCCCAGCUUAUAACACAAAACAAUCUGAUUUUUGGGGGUUAGGUUCCACUCUAAUAUACUUCCUAUUGGGUGAACCAAUCUUUAGAUGUUUACAAAAUAAUAAUACCAAGAAAAAUCCAAAAUCAACCAAUGAAAAAUCAAGUAAAGUAAGUAUAUUGAAUGAUGAAUUACUUUUGAAAGUCAUUACCAUUUAUCAGGGCAAAUUCUUGAGAAAUCCGACUUUCCAAUGGAAUGAUAUACCUUAUUCCAAAAAUAAUAGUAAAUUGAUUAGUUUGAUUGCCAUCAUUCUAGAGACAUUGCUGGUCAUCAAACCAGAAAAUAGAUCCAUUUAUGUUUUUGAAGAAUUGUUGGACGAUUUGUUCAUUGAAGAUCUCAUGGUCAGCGAUGACGAUGAUGAAGAAGAAGUGGAUUUUGUACAACAGCUGGAAUCGCAUGUAAUCAUUUCUCAUACUCUCAAUACUACUUGUAUGUCAUUAAAUAAUAUGCCCAUCACUCCUACUUCUCCAAUAACUCCAAUAAUGUCCAACCAAUCUCCUGUUCCAAAUUAUACACCAGCAUCUUCCAUUCAAAGCACACCACGUUAUGCCAAGAAUAUUCAAGUUCAAAAUGAUGAAAAAGAUUAUUAUGAAUAUAAAAAUCAACAGCAACAGCAGCAGCAGCAGCAGCAUCAUCAUCACCAUCACCAUCAUCUUUCAUUUUCUAAAGAAAAAAGUCUUUUGGAAGAUUACGCUUUCAAAACUACAGAAGUCACUACAACACAUACAAGUCUUGUAUCAGAUUCUGAAAACAAUUUAAUAAAUGAAGAAAGUGAUUCAUCACAAACAACUUCUCAUUCUUCUUCUCAUUCUUCAGGUUUAAGCAAUUUCUUUAAUGCCUUUGGUAUUCGUCGUACUCAAAGCAUUAUUUAA